UUGUCAACUGAGAUUUCUUUGAAUGUUGCGUAGUUCUCAAAACUUUCGUAUUUCAUUGCCAUUUGUAGAAAUAUAACAACAUAAAGUAAAAUUCCGUAAUACCAAGGGAAUGUGUAACGCGUAAAAAAGAUAUGGAUAAUCAUGGAGAAUGUUCUAAGCCAAAAAAAUCUAAGUCUUGUGCAGAACAUAUUAUUUAUAAAACGGAAUGGGAACAUUUACCAUCUGUAAUAUUGCAUCAAAUUUUUGAUUUACUAAAUCAAGAGGAUAGAAAAAAUGCAUCUAGCGUUUGUCAGCAUUGGAGAAACACACUUUUUCAUCCCAAAUGGUGGCCAUCAAUGAAAUUUAAAAUAGAGCAUGAUAAUAUUAAAAAGGCAAAAUUUUAUACAUUUACAUUUGGACAAAUUGUAUCAGAAGCCACUGUAUCCUGGAAUUCUCUCUCGGACACCUGUAUACAAGAAUUCAUUUUAUUAUUGAAGUUAUUUAAUAAAAGUAACCAUCUCAAAAGCCUUAUAUUAGAACCUACACAUUGCCGUAUAGAUCCUCAAAAAAUAAAUAACCAGGAGAACCAACGUAUUAUUCAUGAAAUAUUAGAUUUAAUAAUUCCUAUAUUGCCCAAGUUAAACAAGUUUAGUUUAGGAUGUGUGGAGGAUCUUGCUUAUUACACCGAUUAUAUACUAAGGAGUCUAAAUCCUGUAAAAGUUAAUAUAUUAGGUCUAGCGUCUAUUAAAGAUGACCCAUUGAAAUAUGAGGAAAGUUAUUUUGAUCCCCAAUUGAUAUUACCUUUUAAGGCGCUUCAAAUCUUAAGUAUAGAUUAUGAUUACCUCUCUGAUGCUUUGUUGUCUAUGCUUGAGGGUGCUGAUAAAUUACAAAGGCUAGUAGUUCAUUUGCACAAAAUUCGUCAAGAUCAUGAAGGUACAACAAAUAGGGCGUGGAUAAAUUUCAAAAAAGUUCACCCUCAGUGUCUAUUACGUUUAUCUCUUAUUCAUGCAUACGAUGCUGUUGAAAAUUUACAUUUGGAAGUUUUAAGGGAGGAAAUGCCGUUAAGUCAUAUUAAGGCAUUUUUUUGCGAGAAUGUUAAUAUGGAAGUUCUCCAUAGCCUUUCGACGUUUUAUGCAAAUACUUUGCAAAGUGUGGUGUGGAUUGAUUCCUUGAGUAAAAGUCAGUACAGUUGGAAGUUUUCUAAUGAAGCCGAGAGUCCAGACCCAUUUGUUUUAAUGUCAUGGCUGUGUAGUAAUUUUGAAGAAUUGGUUUUAUAUGGAUAUAAGUAUUCUGAGGAAAACUUAAUCGCUAUUGGAAGACUUCGUGGACCCAAAAUGAAACGGCUGGAAAUUCCAGCCUCUGAUAUUUUAUUUAGCCGAGCAAGAGAUAACACAAUUGUACAAUUGACCAAGGAUAUUUCAAAAAAUCUGCAAAGAUCUUGGAAUCCCCUGUAUAAUAAUGAACUUCAUCCUGUCAUUCAUAAUCCUGUUGCCGGAGAUUCGGAUGAGUUUUUACUGCCAUUGGUAUUGAAAGACUUAUAUUAAGCAGAACAAAUUUAAAACAAAGUAGGUUCCACUACCAAUAUACCAAAAGUCCUAUUUUAUAUUUACAUCGUUGAAUCUAUACAUUGAGAUUACUUUUAAAUAUCAUUAUGUUCCUUAUAUUUUCACAAAUAAACAAUACCUGUGUAAAAUUUUAAGAAAUAAUUGUGGUUUUAAUUUAUCAGCAUGAUUUUAUGGGUUGUGCCAUUUUUAUAACAUGAAGUUUAUGAGUUUGUUUUUUUCUUAAAGUUUUACAUAGAUAUAAUUGAAUGGAAAUUUAGUUAAUGAAGUAUACAAAAGGAAAAUGAAAAAGAAACUAGAUUUCCAGAAUUAUCCGAGUAUUUAAAAAUAAAUGACAAUUUUAAAUAUGUAGUAGUAAGAACUGAACCAUCUGUGAUCAAAGCUUUGAAACAUGCGAUCAAAAGCAACGAUUGUUAAUUAAAAUUAUAAUUGUUUGUUGCCAAUUUGAUACUUACCAGUACCUGUAAGAAUUAAGCAGUGACUUCUGAAGUUUAAUUCAAUCCAACUCAGCAGCAAAAUCUGUUCGUGAUAAGCUGCAUCUUAUUAGGUAUGAAAGUUCACAUAAAAUGAUAAAUAUCAAUCCAAUAGUUCUAAUGCACUGAGUGGGUUUACCAAAUGUGAUUUAAACUAUUAUUAAAAAAUAAGGUCCCCCAAAACAUUACAGCUAAAUUAUGUAUAAAAGAUAUGCAUUUAUAAUUUUUAUUUCUUUUAUUUUUAUUUUUAUACUUUUUUAAUUAGUAUAUUAUUGAACAAAGAGGAGUUGAAUGUUGAUCUAAGUCUAGUCAUCCACAGUUGAUAAAUCACUUAGUGCAUGUGUGUAAAUAUGCUAGAAAAUAACCUGAGAUUUUUUGUAAAUCCGUUGAAGAUUGAAUAUUUCAGCUCUUUGUUGUAUGAUUAAAUGAUUACAAGUUGUGUUGUAAACUACUAGAAAUUUAUUUUAUAAAUUUUUCUCUGUUGCGAAACAUCUAUUUUGUUAUAUAUAUUAUAUGUAUUUUAUGGAAGAA